AUGUGGAGGGGCAUACUUGUCUUUCUUAUUUUUCCUUUCUUGUCCUACGGUGACCGAUUCGCUUGGGGAAGAAAAAUUUGCAAUGUUCUGCAGUUUGGUUCGUAUGCCUUGGCCAGCAGUAAGGAAAAUAGGAAGCACUUUAAAUACGCGGUGGUAGGCAUAAUUGACCCGUUCGACAAAAACAGAGUCCUAUGGAGUAGGCAGAAAAGACAAAAGAAAUUCAACCUACACAUAUUUAAAAAUCUGUAUGACAAAUUUUUUUGCAACAUUAACGAUUAUGUGUAUUUGAGUCACGGGGACGAUUUCAUUUUUCGUAUUUUUCACAUAAACUUAAAGAACACGAUAAAAUACAUGCUGAAGUACAAAAUUGUGAGUGGGACGUUGAAGGAAGACUCCAAAGGCGAACCGAGCAUUUUGUGCGUGAAGGAAAGGGGACCUUUGUAUCGAUUUUUAAAUAACGUCAAUUUGUAG